AUGGACAAGGUAUCCGAAAGUCCGUUUAUCAGCCUUCAGCCUUCACAGUUCACUCCGCAUACAACGGUCAUCCACUUCCGCUCGGAGAAACCCGUGGAGUCUAGCAGCUCCGGUUCCGGAUCGCGGAUUCGCAGAUUUCAUCAUAAGACGCGGACGGGAUGUCGAGAAUGCAAACAGAAAAGGAGGAAGUGCAACGAAGGAAAGCCUAGCUGUCAGGGCUGUUUAAAGUCAAAGAUUGAAUGUCAUUACGAAGACGUCAUCCCGCCACGAGUUCAACCAAAAAAUCGAAAGAGGCCUCAAAGAAAACCAGCUGCGAAUCGCUUCGUCUUCAUCGAAUUUGGGGAAACAGGGGCGACAACAAGUUCCCAGCACCCGCCGAACGUUAACGUUAACGUUCCUAGCCAUGGGGACAGCGACUCCGGCUCAGCAUCCGAUGCGCAAAUUUCGAGAUGGCAGAGUGCGCCUUCAACAUGUUUGCUACAGGGAGGCCGUUCCCGCAGCGAAACUGGAGGGUCGAUAACCAAGGAGGUUGAGUUUAUAUAUCUAUUCCGGAACUUUACUUUCCGGACGUUGCCGUUGCAAGCUUACGACACGAAGCGGUGGUCGAGAAUCACAUUCGAAUCGUCAUACUCGGAAAGCUACCUUUACGAUAUUAUGAUCGCGCUGGCCGCAUCUCAUCAGCGAUUCUUACAAGGUCUGCAAGCACGGUCCGCCAAGGAAAUUUCCCACUACGUCAAAGCGUUGGCGGGUUUUCGAGCCGUGGUGUCAAACCCUGGCAAUUUUGCUAAGAUGGAUCUUAACGCUUGGAUCUCGAUAUUAACUACUGCUGCUUUACUUUCCAUGUACAUCAUGUCAUGUCCUUCCGAUAACUACGAAACAAGUUGCGAUACUUAUUUCUCAUUAACGAGAGGAACAAUGAACAUGCUUGGUGAAAGCAUAAAGAGAGGUAUGGAUGUGGGGUUUAGAGCUUCAGAAUUUACACCCCAAGAAACGACAGUAACAUUAGAAGUCGAGCGGGCCCGAGGAACAGCGGUGUUUCCCGGAUUGGAAUAUGCCGCCUCAGGGGACGAUAGAGCAACCAGUCCAAAAGCGGCACAACGAUUAUCAGAUAUCCUAACCAUCGUCUCGGUUCAAGACAGGGACUCGAUGGAUGCAGUAGCCGCAACAAAUUUACAAAAGAUUGCAUUAGAGUGGGCUGCAAUGCCGGAUGCGCUACUAUUAAAUACAUUUAGGGCGAAGAACAGAAAGGCUUAUUUAGUGACAGCGCAUUAUCACGCGGGGUUGUGGAAGGUUAAAGAGAUAAUACGUAGUUUAUGUAUGAGAGGACUUUGGGGAGAAGCGAAUGGCGCGGUUGAUAGCUAUUGGUGGAUGAUUUCUCCGCAGGGGAUAUGUAAGAGGUCGCUGGAGGUGCUGGUUGAUGAGCCGAAGGAACGAAUAUCUUGGGUGGAGCGGGUGGUACGGGAGCUAGAGUCAAUUCAAUGA